AUGGACCUUCGCCGCUACAAUGUAGAACGGUCGUGCCUUCGCUGCCACGAGCGCAAGGUCCGCUGCGACAAAGGCUCGCCUUGUAACAAGUGUUUGCGCCUCAAUGUGUCCUGUCAAUAUCCAGGACCGAGGAGAGCCAAGCGGCGACCUCCCAAAACUACCGUGACUGACGUUGUUGCGCGCCUGGAACAGCUCGAGCGGUCUAUCAUGACGCUGGCAGGCAACAAGACUACAGACCAGCCCGUCCAAACAGCUCACUCAGCCCAAGUUAACCCAACCUCAGCCCUAAAUACCACGAGAAAUGCUCCAGUUAUGCCAACACUCGCCAGUAUCACUGGUGCGCCCUCAAACCAAAGGUCGAUCGAUGAUCCGUUAUCUCACCACGGCUUCCUAGUAAAGGACGGCGCGUACAUUGACGAACCGCUCUUAUCACGAGUCUUGGAGAAAGAAAAAGAUCUACAGACAACAAUGAGAUUGCCAAAUACUGAAAGCAAUGUCUCACGAAAACCACCGCCAUUGAAAGUCGACGGGAUCAUCACCAACCCACUGCUAGUCCAAACGAAUUUUAAGGCAUUCCAUCCAAGUCGCUGGCAAGCAACGCUACUUUGGCAGACGUUCCUCAGCCGCGUAGACCCUGUGCUUAAAAUUAUUCAUAUUCCAACAACGACUCCCCGUAUCUUUACUGCCAUCAAUCGCCCCGAUGCCGUCCAGGCAGAUGUUCAUUGCCUGCUGUUUGCAGUCUUUUUCGCAGCUACGACGGCACUGGUGUCGGAUAAACCUGAAAACGAAGAAACUCGCUCAGACCUCAAGCGUUAUCAGCAGGGACUGGAACUUGCAAUGUAUGGCUCGUCAUUUCUGGACUCCCCUACUGUGACGUCCCUACAGGCCAUGGCAAUCUACUUGACAUGUCUUCGCUACACGAAUAGUGGUCGCUCCGGCUUCACCCUACGAGGUUUAACCAUCCGCGCCGCACAGUCUAUUGGCGUCCACCGUGAUGGCAGACACUUCAAGCUCUCGCCUCUCGAAUGUGAGCUGCGCCGACGGCUCUGGUGGACCCUCUACACGACCGACGCCCGCAUGGCCGAAGAUCACGGCAUUACCGUCUCCGAGCAAGAAUUUGGGGGCGACACCGACCUCCCAGCGAACAUCGACGACCUCAACCUUUCCGAGAAUGCCACCGAGACGCCCCAGUCUCAACCUCGCUGGACAGAUAUGACCUUCACUAUCAUCAUCGCCGAGAUAAACCGGAUGUGGUUCCCAAUUACGCGGUCCCUCGCCGCCUGUCCCGACGGCACACAGUGCGAAGCCCUCAUAACCGAGCUUAAAGACCGUCUGACCGAGAACUACUUGCAGUAUGCAGACAUGGAUAUCCCCAUCCAGCGACAAGGCGUCAUGGUCGCGCAGGUGCUCGUUUCGAAGCUCGAGGUCCACAUGCGGCAGAAGAUGUUGCAGCUGGCGGGCGCCUCUGUCGCCGAUGCCUCGACGCCUCUGCUUUCCAAGGCCUGCUGCGCGCUCGAGCUCGGCCUCGAUAUGUACACGGACGACCUGCUUCGGGGCACCCGCUGGCUCACCUCCACAUACACCCAGUACCACAUGCUCACCUACCUCCUGUGGCACUUGUGCGUAUCGCCAACUGGCCCAGAUGUCGACCGCGCCUGGCGCGCUGUCAAUACCCACUUCGACCUCAUUGAGAACGACCCCUCCUGGCCGGACCCCGGGCCGAAGUGGCCGAUAGUGGCGUAUCUUCGCGCCAAGGCACUGCGCAUCCGCCAGGCGCAGGUUGCACCGGAGCAGAACGAGCAGGAUCUCGCAGAUGUUGCGGUUGGGACUGGGAGUGGCCUGCAGGAGAGUGCAGCGGGUGGUUUGGGGGGCUCGGAUGCGCUGUUGGAGAUGGAAGAUUGGGAUUUAAAUUGGCUGGAAUUUCCAGACUGGAAUUUUUUGGCUCAGAGCAUUGCUAUAGUGGGGCAUGACGGUGGGCAGGGGAUGUGA